GUAACAUUCAUCCAAGACGGAACGAUAAAUUUUCUGUAGAUUUUUGGUGUACGGGAGUAUUUUUUAAUAUUUUUCUGACCGACAUCUAAAUUAUCAGUUGACCAGUUACCAUGUUGUAAAAAUAUUACAACAUCAGAGAAAGAAAAUCAGAAAAAAUAAAAAAAGGAAUAAUUUAACAAAGAAUUAUAAAAAUAUCGAGAUACACACAUUAAUCCGAUGAUCGAAUAAACGAAAAAUAUAGAGAGCUCGUUAACGUAGUAAAAAGGGUAAAAUCUUUGACAUAUAAAAAAAAAAACCAACAGGGAUUCUUCAAAAUGCCUUGCGAUGGAAAAAACCCAAAUUGUGAUCGGCGACGUGAACUUCUCGCUCAGCUAAAAUGUCUCGUCAGUUCAAUGGAUCGGAAAAAACCUUGCGAAUGGGACGAACCACCUUGUCCACCCCCAACUUGCUGUCCAGUCGGCCCCGUUCGCGACGAACCGCCGUGGCGUGAGUUGAAUUGUCGUCCACAAAAAUGUCUAAAUUUGACUCGAAUAUUUUCUCUACAGAGCCCUGUUAAAGCGUGUAAAAGCUUCGAGCUUCGUGGUGGAAUAAUGUACAGAUGCGAAUGCAUAAUGCGGAACGGACUUCAGGAUCGUUGCAUGAUGUACGAUUGCAUGGGCAGACCGGAGUGCAUGACGAAGCUUUAUCCAGUUUGCGGUCCCGGCCGAGCAGCUCUUCUCAAAUUAACUGACCUCGGUGAUGCUGAGGUCGCAUUGAAAAAGUUCUACUGUGCAGAUCAAGCCCGCGAAAAUGCCCUGGCUGCAUACUGCAGGCUCACCUGCGGCAAUUCAUGUCCUGCGGCCCCACCGUCUCCGCCUCCAUGUCCUUCGCCGCCCUGCUGUCCACCUCCGUGUGGUCCGCCGCCUUGCUGUCCACCUCCGUGUGGUCCACCGCCUUGCUGUCCACCACCUUGCUGUCCUCCACCUUGCCCACCAUGCGUCAGUUGCUGCCCUCCAUGUCCAUCACCUCCGCGCUGUCCGCAACCCCGCGAUAAUCAGGCGCAGGGCGACUGUUGUCCGCCUCCACCAUGUUGCCCUAGACCAAGUCCACCGAAAAUCAGUCGAUGUCCACCGCCCCCAUGUUGCAUCCCUUGCAUGCCAUGUCCACCACCUUGCCCUCCACCAUGUCCGCCACCAUGUGUGCCUUGCAUCUCUUACGUACCCUGCCCAGCACCCUGCCCACCCCCUUGUCCACCUCCACGUAUGCCUUGUUGCCCUACGUGUUGA